AGCUGGAGCGCCUCGGCCCCCGGGGAGGAGUACAGUAACUGCCGCUGUCCGCCGCCGCCGUUCGCUGAGCGGUAAACCCGCCCCGAUGAGGACAUGCCUGAUGAAAGGGGUAGACUAAUCACCGACUUUGCGAACAUCUCUCUCGACGCGGUGGGAAAAUUUUUAUUCAGUUUCAAGGCCUCUUCUCGAGGAAACUACAGGGGGCUCCAUCACGCAUCAUGCAGACCUAAUAGAGCUGCCGGAAGUGAGCGGUCAGCCCACCAUCAACCGCCAACAUCACCACCACCAGCACCACCACCAGCACCACCACCAGCACCUCCACCACCCUCACGCGGCCUCGUCAGCGGCUUGACGCACACGUCGGACACGCCGCCAGGAAGCCGUCACCGCCGCCGGCACGACAAGCAGGGGGGUGCCGCCAGCGACGUCUUGUGUGGGGCGUGCGACGUGCAAACGUGCAACGCAGGCACCUUUGAUCCAUCACAGCAGUUCCACAGUGCAGCGGGCCCGCCUCUCGGGAACCCCCACGAGGACGGCUGCUCCCCGCGCUAUACUGCCUUCGACGACGGCAAGAAGUAAGUUUCUUUUGACUAUUCGUCCGUAAAACUUUUGGCGUUCCGACUCGUGCCGCGCACGCUUGGACGCACGCACGCAGACGACACAUUACUCUCUACUCUACUCUCUGUCUUUCUCUCUCUCGCCCGGUGAAAACAAUGUCUCAUUUUGUGAGGAAAAAGGGAAAACUUUGAGGACCCCCCAUAUUUGAGGAAAACUGCUCGGAUGUUGCCUCACAUUUUGAGGAACCUCCCCCAAAUAAGUCUCAGGAGACUGCCAGACUGCCUCGAAAUCUGAGAAGCUUUCCUCAAACCAAAGGGAUUUCCUCAAAAAAA